AUGUGGCAAACUUUCCGAUUCGAGUAUGUAGCUACUCCAAAUUGGAAAUCGACGCACAAGCUGCAUGCUUAUAUUGCAAAAUUAAAAGUAUGUGUUCAUCUGGCUGAGCUGCUGCGGCUGGUGAAUCAGACAGUUCCUAAGGCAUUACCUGUCAUUUAA